AUGUUUCUGACUUGUUGUCUUAAUGUUUACUCUAUGUUGCUGAAAACUCAAAUUAAUUUUAUUGAUAAUGAAAUUAUAUUAUCUCUUGAUUUAUAGCCUCCUUACAAAGCUAUCCUAAAGAAUUUUUACAUAUUUACAAAGAAGAAGAACCUUUAUAUUUUCUACCUUUAUAAUAUUCUAAUCUUAUUAAUUGGCAGUUUAAAAGACAUUUAGUAGACUUUAGGAUUAAUAAUACUAUUUAUUUUACAGACUAAACUUAUAAGUAAAAUGAAUUACUAAAUGGAAAACUAUUUUUUCAAAAAUUCAAGAUUUCUAUUCUCCAUUAGUUAAAUCUAAACACAGUGA